UGUUUGCACACGGAUUGUUUAUCGCAGCGGUAAAAACAAUGUCCAUCAUCAUAGUACCUAUGGUUAUAUUAUACUUUAUUUGGAUUACAUUCAUUUAUUACCGAAAUCGACGAACAGUGGAUAAAUCCUUAAAAUGUAUAGUAAACUCUUUAUCAAACAGGGGUGCCAUAGCAGCCUCAGACGAUGUUGAUGUUAGAGCACUAAUUGUAACUGCACAUCCAGAUGAUGAAUGUAUGUUUUUCGCACCAACAAUUAUACGACUCGUGGAAUUGAAUGCCACUGUUCGCUUGCUCUGUUUAUCAGCAGGAAAUUACUACAAUCAAGGAACUCGGCGUAAAAAGGAACUGCUCAACAGCUGUGCACUACUGGGGAUACCAGCCUCUCACGUGACCAUACUUGAUCAAAAAGAACUUCCAGAUGACCCCAGUGCAGAAUGGAGAAUCUCCCUGAUCUCCUCCUUGAUCAGGAAGCACGUGAGAUCCCACUCCUCCAACAUGGUUCUGACGUUUGACGGAAGAGGAGUAAGCGGCCAUGCCAACCACACGGCCAUCCACGAGGCGGUCAGUCAUCUUGCUUCCACGGGCCAAGUUACUGACGACUGCUGUCUGCUUAGCCUGGACACUGUGGGCCUCUUCAGGAAGUACCUGUCUUUCCUGGAGCUUCCAGUCAGCUGGCUCUGGCCCUCCGCCCUGUGCUGCGUCACAGGCCCCAGGGGCUAUGCCAAGGCCAAGGCGGCCAUGUUCUGCCAUGUGACCCAGAUUCUGUGGUUCCGUCACCUCUACAUCUUCUUUUCACGUUACAUGUUCAUCAAUACAUUCCAAAUGCUUCCACGGGGACCAAGGAACCUGAAGAUCUAUUAGGGUUGCUCACACAAAUUUCAAUGCACUGAUUGUAGCUUAUACUGUAAAUAGUUUCUGCUUCCUAAUAAUGAAAUAUAUAUAGUUUUGUAAGCCGAAAAUGGAUUCUUGUUGAUAUAUCUGGGGGGAUUUCUAUCUUAAAUACUGAAACUUUGAUUCAACUUGGUAGGGUUUAUAUUUAAGUGAGUUUCAUUUUUCUUUCCUUUGUAAUACAGACUCAAUAAACAAUGCACUUGUUUUGACAGAG